CAAAAUUUGAUUAUCUAAAUGGAGCCAAAUUUAUUUGAAAUCAACGAAAAGGAUAUUAAAAAAGUGAUGAUCCAGAAAAAACAUCCUGGGCUUAUCGAGAAAUACCAACAAAUGGACUGUAAUCAGCUGAUCGAUGGAAUUUAUGAUGAAAUGAGGGAGAAGACUAAGCAAAAACUUCAGAAAAUCGAACAUUUACUAUACAAAAACGUUGAUAAUCUAAGGGAACAAGUUGAGAAGGAGAAGCAGAAAUAGAAGGGAUGCUAUAAAGUCUCAAAAUGAAUUACAACACCUGUACGAAGUAGGAGAUGCAGCAUUCUCCAAGUCACAGGAGAGGAUUAAAUACGAGAUUGAGCACCCUAAUGAGACUCCUAUCGAGAGGAAGUUAGAGCUUUCGAAGUUGUGUGAUGAUAGUUUCUUUUAUACGUACAAAAAGAAAGGAGUCUUUAUUUAUAAAUAAUGAUAAGAGAAAGAAUUUGAGUAAAGAUGAAGAGGAAAUAGAGGAGAAAGCUGAGAAUGGAUUACAUUUGGUUAUGAAAAAGCUCACAACCAAUGAAACUGCAAAUCAGAAGUUUAUUAGAUAUAAAAUUCAAAAAGAGCAAAAGAAGAGAUGUAAUAAUUUGCUUGAAAAGCUCAAAAGCCUGAAUAAAAAGAACUCGAAAAUAAAUAGAAAUUCAGUUCAGGGUGAGAAAGGUAUUCGCUUAAAAAUACCACAAGACGCUUUCCAAACUGAAUCAAGAGAAGAACCAAAAGCAUCAAAUAGAAAAUUCCACAGCAAAAACAAAGCUAGUCUAGAUAGAAAAAGUAGUAGAAAUUCACAAAUAAUGCAGUCACAUUCAAUGCUCAGAUUCAAGACCCAAAGACCGACUCAGAGAGCAAAGCGCAAAGCAUAUUUUAUAAAGGUCCAAGACAAAAGAAAUAUUGGAAAUGACUCUCAGAGAAUCACCUAUGGGCCAGACUCAACCACAAAGCAAAGAGGUUUUCUUCAAAAGGGCUAUUUUCCCAGCUCUAAAAACAUCACGUUCAAACUAAACACCACAAACGAGACCUCUAUGCGUCGUAACUCAGGUCUCAUGAAGACUAAAAUUUUCAGCUCUAAAAUGUUCACUCCUUCCUCCACUACAGAGUCUUCAUUUCCCCAAUAUCCAGCGUCCAGGCCGACUUCCUACUCACCUGUUGACCUGAGCCCAGUUUCCCAAAGAGUGACUUUCCGCAGGAAGAACCAGAAGAUCAGGACCAGGCUCUUCGAGAUCAUGCAUCAUUGUGAAGAAGAAGAGAAUAAGUCGAAAAGAGUCUUAAGGGAUUAUCAAUGCAAAUAAAAGGUGCAGAGAGUUUACAGAUAAGGAAUUUGACCAGACUUAUCAGAUUUUGAGGGAUUUAGAUGAUGUAAUUGAUGUCCAGAAAAGUGGCACGUUGAGUAAGAAGACUUUUAAGCAUUACCAAGGCCAUACAAAGCAGUUAGAGAGGGAGAUACAUAAGAUACUUAAGAAAAGCAAGAAUGAGAUGUUGGAAAGUUAGAUUGUGAUGUGAGCAUAAUAGUUCAAUUUGAGGAGUA